CACACCGUGCCCGGGCCUGCCGCUCUGUACUAUAGGUCGGAAUGCUCAGUGCAGGCAGCGAGGACAACUGUAGUGAUAGAUACAUUAAGUAGGGGGCAGCAGUGUGUCGUGUAUCAGGUGCACGGGGUUACUAUGGUGACAGAUAAUAACAAGAGUUCUGUGAUACAGAUACACACAGGGGCACGCUGAUGGAGGCCGGGGUGCAGCGGGAGGACGGAGGGCAGAAGAUUCUUGUUCCUGUUUGAUGCCUUGGCAGAGUCCGUGAAGAAGGAAUACCGCAAAGCAUUGUGGUGAAGGAGGCUCUGAAGACCGUUGCUCCCUAAGGGACCUUAUAGUUUCGGGAGUCUGGGAUAAAGGGGCCUUCAUCUUUGGAAGAGGCCCAAAAACCGUAUUCCUUAGCAUGUUGUAGAAUGUUUUUGCACUUUUUCUAAACAGGAUAUAGUGAAUGUGUUGCUGAAAGCAGCUAACCAGAUGUUUGCUCUCAUUUUCGACAGUGUAGGAGAUAAAUAGUGAAUGGAAAUUUAUUAAGGAAUUAGUUAUCAGAGUUAACUGGAAAACAGCCUGAAGUUACAGACAUUGCUCGCCUGCAUUUGCUGGAGCCUGCAGCAAUGCCGCUGUAUAUUAGAAAGGGGCUUUUAGAAAUACCUCCUGGAUCUGAGAAAGACUGGGCCAGCGAGGAACAGGAGGAGGAUUACUUCCUGAGGGAUCCAGAGCAAGCACAAGACUGUCUGCCGCAACCGUAUCGGAUGAUUGAUAAAGUAGUAGAGCUUGUGAUUGACCAGGUUCUUGAAAUCAUCAAGAUACAGGAGAAAAAUCGUGAAGCAGAAAGACUGAAAGUGAAAAUUAACAUCUUCCAGCCAACUGCAGAAAUUCAGGUGUCCAGAAGAGUUAAUUGUGUGGCUGCAGGGGCUUCUGGGACAUAUUUAUUUGCAGGCCUGUCAGAGGGACUGGCAGUGUACAGCUUAUCUGACCAGGGCUGGAUUUGUGGCUGGGAAGCAGAUAACCUAGAAGUUUGUAGCCUUGGUGUGUGCCAGGUGCAAAACCAAGUCUACCUUAUCAGCACAGUGGAUGACAUGGGCAUUGCUCGUCUAUUUUACUUUAUUGAUGAGAACCUCCACUUUCUAAAAGCCUUCAAUGAACCGGAGGACAUUAGUAAGCGGACAGUUUGCAAACUGUGUAAUCUGUCUGAUGGUGGUGACUAUGCUGGUGUUCUUUUGGAAGGUAAUGAGGAAUGUUGGCUGGAAGUAUACAAGCUGCCCAAAGACACCUGGCUGAAGGAGAUGGAGCAUUCCCCGGCUACUACAGCUGGUACGCCUGUUAUGACGGAGCCAAAGGUCACACAGCCAGUGCUUCUAAUGAAGAUUAAGCCACCGAAAGCGCUUGCAGGAAGUUUAUUCAAAACUGUGCAGGAGGCUGUGCAGGGCAAUGAAGACAGCAGUGUAUUUGGCACUGGACAGAAUCACAUCAUCAGCUCUCAUCAGUGGGAUCAGCAAGAGGCAAUAUUUCUGGGCAUGAUUGAAAAGUAUCUGAGCUUAGAUAUGCCGAAGACGCCAGAAGGAGGGAAGUCCAGGCGCACCAUGUUUAAUUUUCUCCAGCCUAAUAAACUGUUACACAGUGAUACCGAUGCUGUGCAUUCAGCUAUACCUAAUGCAAUAAGCGUACACUGGAAUGGACAUCACAAUCACCUCAUGUACUUGUUGGCCAAACCUGCAAAGGAUAAAGCAGAUAUUGACUUAAAGCCUGAUAUUGUCUGGCCGUGUGCAGCUCCCAUCAGAUUCUCAGCUGUUAGCUCUUGUGCUGCCUACUUAGCCCUUUGCCUUGAUGACGAAACACUUACAGUGUGGGACAUUAAGUAUUCUGGAUUCCCAUUAGCUGUCGUUGCCCUCCCAGAGGGAAGGUCCAUAGGCAACAUUUAUUUCUUAGGACACAAGAGCUCCAACAGAGAUUAUCCAUCUGUGCCUAGAGUCCAGAUCUUGGUGUUGGGUGCAGAUAAGUCUCUGUACCUUGUGAAUGCAGCAGGAGGCAAAGAGUCCAGCCUUGUUCUUCUCCAGGAGAGCCCUGGUACCCCAGAUGAACAGAUCAGUGCAGUUGUACCAGUCAGCUCACUUCCCAAUGGCGUGCUUUUAUUCUACCGCAGUGGUAUCGUUGAGCUCUUGGAUGUUGUGUUGAAUCAGAAAGUUUGCCAAUUUGGGCUGCCAUUGUCCUAUAAAUUGGCGUUUCCCUGGCAGCCAGUUUAUGCCCUUGAUUCAGAGAACCUUUGUCUUUUUCUUAAAGCGAAUGAGAAGGUGGCCCGGGGAGAGAUGUUGGCCACAGAAAAUGGCCCUUGCACUCUCUUCAGCUUCACUCUGGACAGUGUGUGUCUAAUGGAAUCUGUCACGAAAGCACAGCAGACUGCUGUUCUGUCACAUAACCUACACUGGGAACAGAAGUGCAAGUCACUCUUUCAGACAAGACUGCAAACUUUUCCAGAGAGGAGAAAGCAGAUAGCAGCAUCAUGGACUCUUCUAAGGAAGCAAGCCUCUGACCUAACACAGAGAGAUAUCCUGUGCAGGUGAAAGAAGAAAAGAGGGGGAAAAUAGAUUCUUGUUUAACACUUUAUUCAUAUUUUCUGUAAUAAAAUAAAUAAAAAAAUAGAUAUUUAAAGGUGCAAGAA